AUGUGAGAAUUUUUUGCUACGACUCGACAAAAUAUUAAUUAUGACCGAACUAAAUGAAACAAAUAGCAUUAUACAUAAUCCAAAUUUCUCGAAUAGUCGUCUCUUUAUUGGUAAUUUACCGCCAUGCACCAAAGACGAACUGGAAGGUAUAUUUUUACCGUAUGGAAAGGUUUUUGGUUCAUUGAUGCGGAAAAAUAUUGGCUUUGUGCAAAUGAAAUGUGCAGAGAAUGCCAAAAAGGCAGCGUCAUCUUUAAACAAUAAUUUAUUUAAAGGUAAUAUUAUUACAGUUCGUAAAGGCGCAACUCCCAGAAGCGGCGCUGGGCCCUCAUUGCCUAAGCCAACUGAGAGCUUUAAUGAUUGUGAAAUACUUGCUAUGGAUACGAGAAACACUGAAUAUGCUGAAAUGGUAGAAGAACGUUUGAAACUUUUACAUUUAAAAGUGGACGUUCUAUUUCCGAAUGCAGGUGUACCCUUAGGAAAAGUGCUUUCCACAAUAGCUGGAAGAGGCUGUUUAUAUGCCAUACUUAUAAAUAGGCAGAAUGAGAAGCACGGAAGCAUUACUCUUAAUAUAUUACAUGGGCAACAGUUUGAACACCGUAAUAUGCCAAUUGCCGAUGCCAUCAAAUUAAUUGAUGCAGAUUUCCGAAGAACGCGUCGGGGUAUUUUAGCUAACAGCGAUGCAGCAAAAAACCGGUCGCCUCAGUCCACACAUAUUAAACCCGGGACAAUCCCUAAAACGCUUCCAGAGGGACGACAUUCCGAUCCUAUGCAGACUUUAUUAAAAAUGUUGGCAAACAAUGCGCCAUUAACCGUAUCGCAAUACGAUCGCAUUAUAAAAUACUUACAAGAACGUCGAACAUUGCAAAUGAAGGUGGAACUGGUCGAUGCCGGCGUUGAAGACGUUACAUCCGUUACAGCCGUUGUGAAUACGCCUGAUCCGGAGAUCGCUUUGCAAAAAAAAAUGAUUGAAAUAUUAAGUAAGCCAUCUGUCACAGAAGUUCAUUACAAUUUAUUGUACCCUACAUUGGAGGCUGUUAAAAAAGACGCAGGCUUAUUAGACUUACUUAAAGAUGUAAAAGUCCAAAAGGCCUUAGAUUCACUCAUGGACACUGAUUUGGGAUUAAAGGUAGAGAAAUGGAUAGACUUCUGAAAAGUUUUUCACAAUUCAAUUUCCAUAUAUAUAU